AUGUUUGGUCCGUUCAGAAUGUCGCCCGUGGCGCUGGGCGGUUUGCUGUGGAAAAAGCCAUGGAGACUCUCGAGAUUCCAGAAAUACAGACACAGAAAGAGAAUGCAGCUUGUGGACUCCAACAUCCAAGCCUUGUACGACGGAUUGCAGGCCAACGGAAUGUCGUCCAAGAGAGUGGAGCAUUUGAUGACCGAGUACCCAAAGGAGAGCGAGAUGACGCCUAGGAACAAGUACACGGUGUUCAGCAAGUACGCAAGAAAAUACAGAAAGGCAAUCCACUUUGUGCCGAAAUGGACCAAGCUUCCUCUCAGAAAACAACCUCCAAAUGUGUAG